UUUGGUUCGGUUGUGUUAGGGGCGCUAACAGGUUGGUCGAUUGGCGCGCCAUGUUGGGGCUCCGAUAGAUUCCAACAUUAGGGGCGCUGUUUUGGUCUUCUGAAGACGGAGAUCAGCAGGGAGUAUUUCUGAGAUGGAUGAGUUGCUUCUACUUUCAGAAGAUAAGGAUUUGCUCUGUAGUUUGUGCUGGCGUUCUAGUUCCCAAAUGUUGAUUGUAAAUUUUUACUAUGGAUUCUCUACUAGAUAGCAUGGGGAAAAUGUUUCUGGACAAUUUGAUCCCGAGUAUACUUGCAUCCGAACAAACAUUUUGACUUAAUCAUACUUGAACAAAAACACCACUGAUUAUCGAUUACUCAGAAAUGACAAUUUAACUUUCUGCAAAGAAAUAUAAAAUUAAAGAAUGAUUUAAAGUGCAUCACGAAUCAGUUUUUCAAUGCAAUUUAAUCUUGCGGCUCUCAUCCAAGCCUGAUUACCUUGUGCUCCGGUGGUGUGGACUGAAUCAAAACAGUAUACCAUCAGAUAAAAAAAUAACCAAAAUGAAGCUGCAUUUGUCUCUGUAAAUCUUCCAUAUGCAUAGCAGGAGGCCUAGUCUGGAAACAAAAUACAUUCAGUCUAAACUUUGCAACGAUCUUGAGUUUCUCCGAAGUGUCAUGACAGCAGUGACCCUGGGCGUUGAACUGAAAUUCCAACAAGCUUUAGCUGCUCGGGCGAGCCAUGGCAGUUGUGGUCCUGGGCACCACCAGCUGAACUUGAGUAUGGUUGACAAACGAGGCAGCAGCGGUUGCGCGACACAGGGGGAAAUCUCCAGCGCCAGUUCCCUUCAAGCCAUCCACCUAGCCAACCUAACAGCUUCCCAUGGCAUGCAGGCAAAACAACCUGCUAAAACCACUCUAAUCAUGCUUAGGGGGUCGUUUAAAUGGUAUUGAAAAGGUUAGGGGGUUAAGUAACUGGUUUUGGACUUCAUGGGGUGGAGUGGCCGGUUUGUGAAACCUCAGGGGGUCAUAUGUACUUCUUUUGGAAUCCGUGAGCAAGUUCCGAGUGCCAUCGCGUGCUCCGCCCCAUGCUGUUUUCGAGUGCGACGGGGAUCUGGUUUCCUGUCGGUGCUGUGCUGCGAGGACUAUGAAUGCCGCACCAGUUCUACGUUUCCGUGAUGGACUUGGUUUGGAUCCGGAUGUGAGGUGCUUUUCUCUGUCCAUCCGUUCAGGGGGCAGUUUAUUUUAGGGGAUUUAGCGAGGCUUUGGCCUGGAUUUCAGGUUUUUUAGUGCGAAUUUUCCAGCAUCUCUGAAAUCCCGGACACCAAGUUCCAGGCCAGUUGCAGGAUUCAUGGAUGCAAACAGUUGUGGGUUGUAUAGGCCGGCAGUCACAUGAUCCAAAAUCAGGGAUGAAAUCCUCAUAAGUAAGUAGUACGUGCAUUAGGAACCUUGUAUAUAUAAACUGAAUGAAUUGGUUCAUUUAAUAUAUAGGUGAUUUAUUUAUAGCAACACACAUCACACCUCCAUUAAUUAGUUGUUACUUCCUUCCUUAAUUUUAGUAGGUACUAGGUGAUAAGAUAACAUUCAGUCUGCUGUUUUCUGAAACUGGUAGCUAGAGACAUGAUCCCUGCACUAGUUACAAGGUUCUGCACUGCAUUGGGAAAUGUUUUUGUUUUUGUUUGAUCACAUGCCUCGGCAUGCAUGCUUGAUCAUACAUACGAUACGACUGACUGCCCCAACUAAGAUAAUCGGCGCGUCGAGUCUCUCGUAACUCGUAUGCCUAUUCUGUAUGUGAUCAAAAGAUUUUAUUACUAUAUAGUAAGUAGAAGUGUUUCUGACCUGGUGAUCUUCCUGGGAUUUGCCUCAAUGUUUGGCUGUUUGGUGGGCCGCAAGCUAAUGGGAAGUUGUUCGCCAUGGUCCAUGGUAUUUGUGGUUUAGGUUUAGUUGAAACCGGGUGACAGUCUAGCCCGACCCAUUUUUUAGAAAUAGAAAGCAUACAGUCGCCGGUGUGGUUUUUUUUGGACAUACAAGUGUCCUCUAUUUAUUUCUCAGGAAAUGUGAAUGAUACCGAAUUGGAAAACAAUCAAGUACUAAAUAGACACUCCCUAUUUAUUUGUGAAUUAUGAGUUAGGUCAUAUAUUUUCCAAUUUUGUUAUGAAAAACAUCAUAUAUAUUUGCGUUGAUCGGGUGGAUUUAAAUGUGCAGUUGUUUCAUCGCUGUGAGGGUCUGGUGUUCAACGACCUUCCCGUGCAUUCGAGAGCUCCGCCCCUGCGUUCGUGGGUGUUGACAGAUGGUGGGCGCAAAUCGAGAGCGCUCUGGGGCUCCUACCUCGGUGCGUGGUGGGAGGGGUAGUUCCAUUCCCCCCAUAGCCUCCAGAGAGCGCUAGAUCUCAGUUUGCAGAGUCCAGCGACGGUCGCUUCUUCUUCGGCCGGGAGAGGUCGGGGUGGUAAGAAGAAGGAGAAGGCUGCUAGAGGUGGAUGUGGCGUCGGGAGAGGUAGGAAGGCUGCUACGCCUUCCUUGCUGCCACCCCCAGCUGAGUCACCCGACCACAGGGCUGCUCCGUCUGAGAUCGAGCCAUCUGAGGUGGACCCGUCUAUGGCAGACACGCCUACGGCCGACGAGCCUCGGGCCGACGACGAGCCUCGGGCCGCCGAGCCUCGGGCUGCCGAGUCUUCGCCCCACGAGACUCCAGAGCUCAGACGGGGUCACGCUGAGUCGGAGCUGAGCCCAUGGGAGGACUGGACGGAGUCGAGUGCACAUGGUUGUGUUCAGGGUGGAGACUAUAGUCCUGAUAGCUAUAGCGAGGGUGAGUGGGUUGAGGGGCGCAAAGUCUACCAGCGUGGUCGUACAAAGCUCCCGCCCACCCUGGCGACCCCCGACCAGAGGUGGUUGAUUGCGCCUAACGGGGAGAAUUCUUGGACACACGAAGAUGGUGUCCGCAGGCCCAACACUGUGCUUGGUGUGAUUUGUCGCCAGUGCUUCCCGGGGUGGGUCAUGUUGCCCGGUGAGGGCCGGGUUCCAGAGCUAGGAAUGACCUGGGAGCACUACUUGGCUGCCCCGGCCCCGCCGGAGCAUAGGGUCGGCGAUGUCGAGUGCGACACGGUGGCUGACAUUGUGAUCGCCACGUUUUGGAACUUCUACAGGUGUGCUGAGGGACACGAGGAGGCCGUGGCUCGGGUUAUCGACGCCGAGUGCAGGCGCCUACUUGGAAACUUUCAGCACGAGGCUCGAACGCAGGCUGUUAGACUACUUAGCACAGACUGGUAUUAGGAGGAGAAAAGAGAAGUGCCGUGACAAGUAUCUGAGUAAGGAGAAGUACAUGAAGGUGCCUCCGAGAUGGUGCGCGGACAAGAUGGACUGCUGGGAGGUGUCGAUCAUCAGCGUGUCCCAAGUGUUUUGCUUAAUAGAGUUUUGUUGUGAUGCCAUGUUGUAUCUACACAUAUCAUGCAUAAUGUGUGUAUGUUUGAAAUGCAUUGUAUGUGUGGGAUUUGACACCUAGUCGUGUGCCUUUGGUAGCCUUCCAUACAGGGAAAUGCCUCCUAGUGCUUCCACUGAGCCAUGGUAGUUCGCUACUGCUCCGGAACACAUGGAUUGACCGGCAUGUGUCCUUCUUUGCUCCUGUGUCUGUCCCUAUGGGGAAAUGUCACGCGGUGUAUCACCGAAGUCCUUGUAUCUUGCUACGACUUGUUUGCACUCGCUAAUGACCGACACGUGCAUUGCUGGGUCAUGUAUGCAU